CAAAGGACUAUUCGUGAAAAUGAAUAUAAUAAUUGAGAACUUAAAUAGUACUCCCUCCGUCCGGUAAUUUUCUUCCCGGAUUGACUUGGCACGCCUAUUUAGGACUAUUUAAAAAUAAAUAAAGUUUCCAAAAAAGCCCCUAGUUUAAAAGCAAUAAAGAAAAACAAUAAAGUUAAGGGAUGGGGCACAUUCAUUAUCCCAGUACAAAAAAGGACGGCACAUUUAUUUUCUCAAUACAAAUAAGGACGGAGCAUUCAUUAAACACAAAAAUUUGGAUUACUCCCUCCACUUUUCCUUCCAUUACAAAAGAGCUCAAGGUCCAUUUUUUUGUAAGUAGAGUCCCUGUGAGGAAGAGUUGACACUUCUUUAGAUCUGAUCCCUUGGCCAUCGUUUUGCUCAUGACUGUCUACUCCUUCGUACGAGUUUGGUAUCACCACUUCACCGUCUCCCUGCAACUCUCCUUGCAUGCAGUUCAAUCUGCCACCAGAAGCAUCUUGAAGAUGUUCUAGAGGAGUUUCAGGAAUAAUAGAGAGAAGAUAUAUAUAUCCUCUGUUUCCAUUUAAAUUGAAAGACUUUCCAAUAAAAAAAUUGAAAGAAAAUGUGUGAAAAAAUUGAAAGAAGGUGAAGAAGAGGAACAGGACGGAGUAGAAGAGAGAGAGAUUGGGGAUGAUUUAAAGAAGAUGAAGAUAAAGAUGUAGCAUGUCAAACACAAAACUCAACCAAAUGACCGUUUUUGAACGUAGAAACGAUCUAUACAAACAUUCUAGUCACUAGAUAUAUCUACGGGCUUACCUCAAAGCUUAUCGAAGGUUUUGAGAAUUUUCCGGCGAAACUUCCGGCGAUGAUUACUCCCAAUUCCGGCGACUUCGGCGGCAACCAACAACACCAGACUGCUCUCCUUACUCUUAUGAGCACAAUGGUAUAUAUUUCCAGAAAAUUGGUGAAGAAUUGGACAGCGAAUCCAAUUGUUCAUGAGUCGCAAUAUGUCAGAUCGUCAGCAGACUGUAGUAUUGGCGAGUAUGUCAUUGUCAAUAGAAAUCCAAAGUUCAUGGCUACGGCGGUAGAUUUAAGAAGGGAGUUGGUAAGGAUAAAAAUAAGGCUUACCUAUGGAGGAGGCAACGUUGGCCUUCAAGGAGCUAUUGCUUCAACGGUCUAUACCAAUGGUGGUAUAGUUAGAAGCUUCAUUCCAGGGUACAUAGCGACACGACAGGUGUACGGACCUACGUAUGGUGCAGAAUACACAGUUUCUAGCAACUACUAUAAGUACUUCGAGAUGAAUCAUGUUGUGGAAGCCUUCAUCGUACUUCCUGGAGGGAUUGACACUAUGGAAGGUUUGUUCACUUUGAUCUCAUGGGCAUCCGAAGGGUUGCACAGUAAACCCAUUGGUCUCUUGAACAUUGACGGCUAUUUCAAUAACCUAAUCAAAUUUCUAGAUGAUGCGGUGAGACAGAACUUCAUGGCUUCCAUUCAGAGGAAACUUUUCAUUUCUUCUUUCUUUAUUGAUGAACUUUUAGACAAGCUAGCGUUUGCUAAAGCUUUUCCGGGUCCUGAGGCUAAUUAUGACGAGUUUGCAAAUCCCGGGGGAAUAGAUUUAGAAUUGCAUUUGUAAUAUUACUUUAUGUAAUUUCAGUUGAAUUUGUGUUGGAAUAAUAUUGUCUAUGAACAUUAUGAGUUAACCAUAAAUAUUAUUCUAAGCUGCAUGGCGAGUGCAAGUCAGAAAAAUAUUUAUUUUCAACGUCAGAAUGCAUCAUGUAAAUAUCAAACAUUUUCUUCAAGAUGGGUUGAAUGAAAGAUUUUAUUAUACAAAGUGUUCAACACACGAAGAUUCAAACAGUUAGGAAUAUUUUUGGGAUACAAAUCGAAAGAUAAUUUCUUGUUUACAUAAGGUUUCUACAUUAUUCAAUAUAUCCUCGAGCCCUUGUAGCACCUUAGGAUCUUCACAGAGUAUCAUCCUUGGGUUGGAUUCUUUGAAUUUUUUCGUGUUUUAGAACGUUGACUUGUUCCUGAGCGAACAGGUUGAUUUUGGACAGAAGUAACUGAAUAUGAUUUAGGGUUAGAAGGACAUUCUCGUUGGAAAUGUCCAGGUUUACCACAACUUAGACAUAAUCCUUGCGCACGCCAGCAAUCUCCUGGAUGGUGUCUUUUACAAACGUUACACUUUGGAUGUUUCCAUACUCUCAUUUUGUUCAUGGAUGACGUUGAUUGAAUUGUCAUCCAUUUUUGAGUGUAGGGAACUAUCAAUUUCUUGCAGGGGUCUCUUCCCACUUGUAUUUGGUCGUUCAUUUAAAUUGACAACCUCAAUCUUCAGACUUUCAUAGUAAUCACUUAGAUCUUUGUCGGCUUUAGAGAUUAGGUCUGUAACACCCCAAUCCGUAUAACCCGGAAUUACACGAAUUAAGGUGAAACGAGGGAUAAAUAAAAAUUUCGCUUGACAUUUGAAAAUGAAAAUUUAUUAUAAAUAUUAAAUUUACAGACUCUGGAUCGCGACCCAUUUAAAAAUAUUUUCAGAGUAAUGCGAAAGUACAAUAAUAAUCAAAUCAUGACAUAUUUUAAAAUAUGUUGAUCAUACAUUUGCCUGCUAUCCUUGCAUCUCCUCUGACUCAAUGCCCUCCGGGAAUGGUUCCAUCAUUGUCUUCUUGUUACCUACGUGUAGUCAACGAAAAAUACAAACUACACGCUCAGCGAAACCGCUGAGUGGUACCACGCUAGAAUUGUAGAAUGAUUCACAGACGUAUACAUAUACAUAUAUAUACGUCCACAAAUGUAUAAUAAUAUUCAUGAUAUGGCACAUUAUAUCAUAUGGUCAAUUUGAUGAUUCAUGAUGAUAAAUAUUCAAUAAUAAUUACAUGAUGGCACAAUUAAUCAAUUUGCUUGUGAGGAUGAUUACAUGAUACUCAUAUAAUCAAUAUACUUGUUCUUGAUGAUGAAUACAUGACAUCUAUGUAAUCGAUGUACUUGAUGAUGAUAACAUGAUGCGUAAUGGAUGUCACACAUAGUCAUGAUGAUUUUACUUGAUGAUGACUUCAUGCUGUAUGAUUCUAAGUCGCAAAGACGAGCCUUGAGCUAUGAGAUCCGCCCAUUUGGUACGACGAACUCACGCAGAAAUAGGGGUGGUACUCGAAAACCUAAGUACCAUGUACGUACACUAAGCCCGGUCCGUGAUGUCUGACUGCUAAGUCCCGCACAAUCACAACUACAAGAGACGCACUUCCGCCUGAUCUCUUGCGCAUGCACAUGAUGUGAUAUGUUUCAAUAUGGAUGAUGAAAUGAAUCACAUGAUAUGAACAAUUUGUAAACAACAUGAUUGGAUAAAUAUACUUUAUUUUAUUUGGAUGAAAUCUGAUAAAAAUAUCAUUUAAUUAAACUACGGGGCUCGGAACGGUCAACCGUUUGGCGGAACGGUCGACCUUGAUCUUCAACAGUU